AUGACAGGUAAAAGCGAAAGGCAAGAGAGACCAGCAAAACGACGAAAAUCCGUAAAGGAAGAAGUUGAGUCUAAAUUGGAACAAUCUUUUUUGCAGCCCAAAUUCGAAAAUGCGUAUCCUGCGUUCAGUGAAAAACUCUCAUUAAGUACCGAUGGAUGGCUUGGUUCUGAAGAAAAGUUGAAACAAUUGGAAGUACAUCCUUUAGCUACGGUAAUGUCUUUCGAGCCAGAAAGUAUUCUAAAGAUCUACGGAUUCACUACUAAAAAAUUAAACGUUAGAAAUAAACUUGAAGCUAUCUAUCAUGUAGAUGCCAACUCUCUGUCAUCUACAAUGACUUCACGUUUGAGUUUAUGGAGUCGCUUGUGGGAAGCUUUUCAAAAAGUAAAGUUUUUAAUCUAUUUCCAAUGCUUUAUAUCGUUUAAUAAUGAAACGCUUGAACUCAAUUUUGGGAUUUUUAUCUUGGAUUCAAUAAUAGCGCCCGAAGAAGCUAUCAUGGCUUCCGGUACGUCUUCUAUAUACACAGCUUUACUCGACCAAACUUUUGUUUCUCCUUUUGAUGGACCAGAAAAUCAACCUCGAAUUAGUACGAGACUUUUCUACAACAAUGCUAGAGAGCUGGCUAAGAGUUUACCUACCGGAGACAUCCGUCGUGAUAAGCGUUUACUAUCGGAUCUUCUUCCAUUUCAGAGACGCUCCAUAGAAUGGAUGAUUCAUCGAGAGACGGAUCUUCCAAGGAACUCAUGUCCGCUGCCUCCUUUAUGGCAUGAAUACCAGCUUCCUCAUGAUGAAAGAAAAAUAUUUGUCAACCAUACGUAUGGUUAUGUGACACUAUCAAAGGAAAACGUUUUUCAACUUGCCCCUGCAUCAGUAAAAGGUGGUGUUCUUGCAGAUGAAAUGGGUAUGGGAAAAACAUUAGAAAUUUUGUCUCUUAUACUUUUUCAUCAACGAUCUAAGGAUAAUCUUUUUGGUACUCAGUACGAUCCCGUUUUGAAGAAGGAUGUAAUUUUAUCUAGAGCUACUCUUAUUAUUACGCCAUCAACAAUUAUUGAUCAGUGGAUUUCUGAAGUUGAAUUGCACGUACCUUCCUUGAAAUUAUUUCAUUAUAAAGGCGUACGAAAGUCUGGAUCAAUUCCUGUAGAGCAAUUUCUGGAUGCUGACAUAGUCGUAACAUCUUAUUCUGAUUUGCGUUUUGAAUUGCUAUAUGCCGAAUCUUUCUCAAGGAAUCUUCGCCAUGAAAAACGGCAUAUUCCUCCUAAAUCUCCGCUCAUUGAUAUCUGUUGGUGGAGAAUAUGUGUGGAUGAGGCCCAAAUGGUAGAGACUUCGCAGAGCAAUGUUGCUCAAAUGAUUUAUAGAAUCCCAAGAGUAAAUUGCUGGGCGGUAAGUGGCACACCGGUACGAAACGAUGUCGAUGAUCUCUUUGGACUGCUUUUCCUUUUUCGAUAUUCGCCUAUUUAUCAACAUCGGAAGCAAACAUGGAAUCAGAUUAUUGAACUUAAUCGUGUUCAUGAAUUCUGUAGUAUAUUUUCCCCAUUGACUUGCAGGAACUGUAAAGAAGAUAUCGCCCACGAACUUCAACUACCUACACAGCAUCGUAUGUAUAUGCCUACUAGACUCACGGUUGUUGAAGAAACUAAUUACCAAGACCUCCUUAGCGAAGCAGCAAAAUCAUUAAAAUAUUUGGAUGACCAUUAUCUGGACUUAUCCCAAUUAGACAGUAUGAAACGCUGGCUCAUUCGCUUAAGGCAAUCUUGCUGUCACCCUCAAGUAGGCUCAGGUAAUAAAUCUGCGUUUGGUGGUGGUCCUAUGAAAAGCAUAAAUGAUGUUUUAAUAUUCAUGCUGGAACAAAACAAUUCAUUACUUUCAUCGACGAAAAGACAAUUUUUUUCUGAUGUAGUAACAACAGGUUGGAUUUUUGACCAUCUUAAAGAUUAUAAUAAAGCGUUAAGCAUUUGGAACGAAAUUUCACCAACUGUGGAAGAAAUACUUGUAGGCUUAGAAAGUGCUACCAAUCGAUUGGAAACUAACGCAGAAGAAAAAGAGCUUAAUUUGUUAUACGCUGGUCUAAACUAUCCUGGCAAUCUACGAGCAUGGCAAAUUUUGCUCCAUAAAAUUUACUUUUUUAUUGCAAGUACUAACUUCGUCCUAAAAAACGAAGAGCAAGAGAAAAAAUACUAUAUACUCGCUCAAGAUUUGCGAAGGAAAAUGAUGAAUGAUAUAAUUGUAAAAACAAGCAAACAUAUUGGCGAGUUUAGCAAGCAGUUCAACAAAAAGAAUUUUGUUGUACUACCGAAGUUGCCAAAAUUAAUAUCAAGAGGAACUAUUUUGAGUUACAUAGCAGUUGAAGACUAUGAACAGAUACGUGAACAGUUGAAUUUGCAAGCAGAAUCUUUAGUGAAAUUUCGGGAGCGACUAAUUUAUUUGAUGAAGCUUCCUUUAUUGGACCAAGAAUCUGAUCCAACAGGAGAUGAAUAUGAAGAGUCUUUGAAUGCCCAAUCGGAAAUUUCAUUUUGUAUCGAUGUGUACCGGCAAAUGAUUUCUGAUCGGGUGGCUGCCAUUGAUGGAACGAUGAAUACGUUCGUCUCUCAUGAGACAGAAUUACAAAAAAUUAAACUGUUGGAAAACAUUGAGAAUGCCGAAGAACUAGGUGAAAAAGAAGCAUUGGAGCGCAAUGAAGGAUAUAUGCUGUUUUUUGAAGAAAGAGAAGAAGCCCGUCCAAAAAGUGAGGAACUUGGAUCUGUUCAAAACAUAUUAUCAAGACUAGCUGACGCAUUGGGUAAGUCCAGCACAUCUAAUGAAUAUACGAUUGCCCAAAAAUUAUUUGAACAAGUAAAUGAAGUUACAAAAGCUCAAUCCAAAACGUGCAGAAAAUUGGAAAAAGAGUUAAGCUUGAUUCAAUUAACUUACAACAUGAGAAUUGACUACUAUAAACAUUUGCAAGAAAUUUCAGAUUCUUUGAUACCACCAGCAGCUCCUAAGAUAAGUCAGUCGGAGGUCUCUAAAAUAGAAAACGAACAGACGGAUUUGUUUGAAUCUACUGUACGGGUCGCUAAGGAAGCCUGUGCUAAGACACUGGAAGAGGAGACGCAAGAAUCAAAAUCAGAACUUGAGAGCGUUGAUGAGAUGGUCCUUAAAAUUGAUAUUCCUGCUCAUCUGGCUUUAUUGAAUGAGCUUAAUAAAGAAAAGCAGAAUGGUUUAAGAAAGAUCGGACAUUUUGAAUCUAGACAUCGAUAUCUUUGUAAUUUGUAUGAGCACGUCGUCCUCCGUGCUAGUUCGAAGCAGCAAUGCGUUAUUUGUCGAGACGUCAUUAAAAAAGGCUUUAUUACAACAUGUGGGCAUUUUUAUUGUCGAGAUUGCUUAGUUGCUUGGAUGAAACACCACCCAUCUUGCCCUAUGUGCAAAGCCAAAUUAACAAAAAAUAGUGCGUUUUACAUUGGCGAAAGCUUUGACAUACGUACACGACAAGAGUUUGUUUUAGGAUUCCCUACUAGUGAAAAGGAUAUGGAAAUGUUGGACGAAGAGACAUUAAAGCGUAUCGUAUCUAUUCCAUUGAAAGUUUCUUUUGGGUCAAAAAUUGAUGCAAUCGUUAGACAUUUGAUUUAUUUAAAACAAAUUGAGCUGUAUCCAAAAGUAGUGGUAUUUUCCCAAUGGUUAGACGUUUUGGAAGUACUGCACAAAUCCUUUGAGGCAAACAAUGUUUCGUUUUUAAGAUUUGACGGAAAAGCUAAAAACAAUUGCUUGAAGAAUUUUAAAGCUGAUCGAGAUAUAGAAGUAUUGACGUUACAUUCCAGGUCUCAAUCGGCUGGCUUAACACUUACUAAUGCUACUCAUGUAAUAAUGUGCGAACCACUUUUAAAUAGUGGAAUUGAACUACAGGCUAUAUCAAGGGUGCAUAGAAUUGGUCAAACACGACCUACUUAUGUGUAUUAUUAUAUUGUCGAAGACACUGUGGAGGAUCACAUCAUGAACAUGUCUAUACAAAAGCAUAAAGAGCUUCGGACAAUAGGAUUAGAUGUUCCUUUAUUUGGUAGUAUACAAAGGAGUACAGAUGCUUCUUACGGUGGAGAAGUAGUUGAUGAUUCAGAAAUUCGUGAAUGUCUGAAAACUGCUCUGAAAAGGUUAAACCUAGAAGAUGGGGAAUAA